AUGUCAGCAACUCCUACCGUAGCUAUCCAACUAGGUCAGAGCGCCGUCCUGUUGUCUGGUGCCAUCUUUUUGGGUACCUUUGUUGCCGCGGUCACUAUCUACAGUCCUCUGAGGGGCAGGUUCCUGUCACUUUACCAGCCUCGUCAGUGUAUAGAGAAGUUACGAUGUCCGCUGUCCUCGAGAGUCUAUGGUGCUUUCAUGGGUUGGAUCCCUGGUAUUAUCAAGAUCACUGAUGACGAGCUCCUCGAAAACGCUGGCCUCGACGCGAUAGCGUUUAUCCGACUAUUGCGACUUGGUACCAGAGUGGCCGUUGUAGGCUGUUUGAAUGCUAUCUACUUGAUACCAGUGUAUAAAUACCAGGGUUCCGGACCGGGCAAUCAAGAUGAGCUCGCUAGGUGGAGCGUGGGCCACCUGGCGACCC